AUCUUAAAAGUUAACGUUUCUUAGGCUUUAUAUUGUUUCUUGAAUAACUAAAGUGUAACAUCUGUGAUAAUUUGACUAUUUUAAAAGCUUUAAUUUUUUAAGAUCAAGAUAUAAUAACUUUGAGUACUUUGACUUUUACAGUUUCACGAGAAGAUAUUAAUAGUUUGUCCGAGAAAGUUUGGUUAAAAUAUUCAAAUUACACUUGAGUGAAAUCAUCUUAAAUGUAGAUUAAUAAGUUUACUUUUAUUCAAGUUUCGCUUUAUUCUUCGUUUCAUCUCCAACAUCAUAAUCAUGCCUUUUUAUACAAAAAUAGGAAACUUUGCCGCUGUAACUUGGUGUUCAUUUGGUUCUGCUCUAAUCGGCUUGUUCCUGAUGUUGAUUGGCGGAAUCCUCACUGGUAUUGCUUACACAGAAAUUACUCCACCCGAUUACGAUGACAAUUACAAGAGGUAUAUUGGAUCAAAUGUAUUAAGAGUUGUCGGACCCUUUUCGUUUGGAUUUGGAGGGUUACUCGUUUUUGGUAGCUGUGGCUUGUUUACAUUUGCUUUUGUAAGUGAAAGUCGGAAACAUCGAGGAAGCGCUGGACACAUUAAUUACGAUUCAAGAAUCGUAGAGCCCGAAGUGGAGAAACUUCAGAAUCCAUGAAUGGAUUACUAAUACAGCUUUUUUAUUCCGAUGAAGGAAAACAUUUAAUUUAUCAUUUUAUGAUGGAAACCAUCAACAUUUGGCACUUCUAUUGACGCUUGUUUUAAUCCAACAAUGAACCAUUGAAAGGAGGAAGGCCAAAACUGCCUAGAAAGAACUGCCUUAUUUUUUGUUAUGAACAUAUCAGAUGCGAAAUUUUAUACUGAUUGUAUGCAUUUUUUCAAAUAAUUUUUCGUUCGUUUUCGAGAUAUCAUGAAAAAACGUUAGAAAUGAAUGAAAAAGUACCACAAUAAUGCAAGGUGAAAUCACCCUAGUAACCAAUUUUCCAGAUGUAAAAUUAAAUUUUGAUUCCAAUGAAGUGAUCCCCCUCUGAUCUGACACCCCGCAAAACUGGCCAUUUCCACAAAAAAUCUUCGCAAUAAUCAAAUUAUCGAAAUAAUGGCCAGUUUUGGAGUUGAGUGUCAGAUCAAAAUAAAUCACUUCAUUGGAAUCAGAAUUGAAUUUUACAUCUGAAAAAUUGAAUCCUAGCCUGGUUUCAACUUUGGUUCCUGUGACGCUUGUCCCCAUGCAUUUUUAAUGUUUUUUCGUGUUUUCCCGAAAACUAGAAAUUAUUUCAAAAAAUGGAUUGAAUAAAUGAAAUCAGUAUAAAAUUUUGCAUAUGUUCAUUUCAAAAAUAUUCCUCGCUAGGCAGUUUUCCCUAUUCUUAUGGUCUUCAUCCUUUAAUAUCGAAAGCUACCUCACUUUGAUUACUGAUUUGACAACUGUUUUGAUAAUAUUACUUAACCCUGAAUAGCAUUUGGAUUGUCAGGUAAUGUUGAUUAGAGAAAUAAACUCAGUGAGUUGAAUGAUGAACUGAUUUCGAAAGCCCAUCUGGAUCUUCAUUUGAUUGAUAGAAAUGCUCUCUCUGAAACGCAAAUUCUUUUUUCUAUUUCUCUGGCUUUCAAAGCGUAAAAGUUAUUAUCUCUUAUUUUUUUCAUAUUGUGCAUUCCUAAUUAUGAAUUUCAACCCUUGUAACGUUGUGGGCUUUAUUUUGAAUGAGUUAUCGUCACAGUUUCCUGGUCUUAAUGCGUCUUCACCAAAUAUAGUGGAAAAAGACUUUGCUAAUGCUUUAAUAAGCCAAAUUAAAGCCAGAGCCUCAUCUAGAUUAGAAGUUGAUGAAGAAAUUUGUCUGGACAUAGACGAACAAAGUGAUAAUGAAGAAGAACAAUUAUCCUCUCAAUCAACAUCUCAAUCAUCAAGUCAGCAAACCAGCUCAUCCUCAAGUCAAGAAGCAGGGCCAAGUAAAAGAAUCGCAAUUGACCUACGAAUGACGGAUGCUCGAAGAACUGAAAUUGCAGCUUAUGCAAGGCGAUAUUCAUUUGCUAAAGCAGCUACAAAGUUUCAUAAAAAUAAGCGUGAAAUUCAAGCAAUUGUUGAAUUGGAAAAGAAAGGUGGAUCACGACAUUCGAAGUGCAAGAAAAUAAAUGAUUAUUGUAGAUUUAAAUUUUUGCAAGGUAGAGAGAAUGGAGAUAUCAUCCAUUAUUGGCACAUAAAGUCAUGGGCAUUGGAAAAAGCGAGAGAAAUUGAUUUUGCUGAUUUUCGUGCUUCAAGCUGGUGGAUAGCUGAAUUUAAAGGAAUAACAGAAUCGUAAGCUGUAAAAUCACCAGAUUUACUACCAGAUGU